CGGCGUUUCCUAGUCGGCGCGGGCAGCCGCCCAGGAGAGGUGCGGCCUCCGCACAGGCGGGGGGCGUCGGCGCCGCGGGGCCCGCCAUGGCCGCGUCCGAGCUCUACACAAAGUUUGCCAGGGUUUGGAUACCUGAUCCCGAGGAAGUUUGGAAGUCAGCAGAGUUGCUCAAAGAUUAUAAGCCAGGAGAUAAAGUCCUCCUGCUUCACCUUGAGGAUGGAAAGGAUUUAGAAUAUCGUCUAGAUCCAAAGACGGAGGAACUGCCUCACUUAAGAAACCCUGACAUACUUGUGGGUGAAAAUGACCUCACAGCCCUCAGCUAUCUUCAUGAGCCUGCUGUACUCCACAAUCUCAGAGUCCGCUUUAUUGAUUCCAAACUUAUUUAUACAUAUUGUGGUAUAGUCCUAGUAGCUAUAAAUCCUUAUGAACAGCUGCCUAUUUAUGGCGAAGAUAUUAUUAAUGCAUAUAGUGGUCAGAACAUGGGUGAUAUGGAUCCACAUAUCUUUGCAGUAGCUGAAGAAGCUUACAAGCAAAUGGCCAGAGAUGAACGAAAUCAGUCCAUCAUUGUAAGUGGAGAGUCUGGGGCAGGAAAAACAGUUUCAGCUAAGUAUGCCAUGCGAUACUUUGCAACUGUAAGUGGUUCCGCCAGUGAAGCCAAUGUUGAGGAAAAGGUGUUGGCAUCCAACCCCAUCAUGGAGUCAAUCGGAAAUGCUAAGACAACCAGGAAUGAUAAUAGCAGCCGUUUUGGGAAGUACAUUGAGAUUGGUUUUGAUAAGAGAUAUCGAAUCAUUGGUGCCAAUAUGAGAACUUACCUUUUAGAGAAAUCCAGAGUGGUGUUCCAGGCAGAAGAGGAGAGAAACUAUCAUAUCUUCUAUCAGCUUUGUGCCUCAGCAAAGUUACCUGAAUUUAAAAUGCUGCGAUUAGGAGACGCAAAUAACUUUCAUUACACGAAGCAAGGUGGCAGUCCUGUGAUUGAAGGAGUAGAUGAUGCCACGGAGAUGGCACAAACCAGGCAGGCCUGCACUUUGCUAGGAAUUAGUGAAUCUUAUCAGAUGGGAAUUUUCCGAAUACUUGCUGGCAUCCUUCACUUAGGCAAUGUUGGAUUUACGUCUCGAGAUUCAGACAGCUGCACAAUCCCUCCCAAGCAUGAACCUCUCAGCAUCUUCUGUGACCUCAUGGCUGUGGACUUUGAGGAGAUGUGUCACUGGCUCUGCCAUCGGAAGCUGGCUACUGCCACGGAGACAUACAUCAAGCCCAUCUCCAAGCUGCAGGCCACGAAUGCCCGUGAUGCAUUGGCCAAGCACAUCUAUGCCAAGCUCUUUAACUGGAUUGUAGAUCAUGUCAAUCAAGUUCUCCAUUCUGCUGUCAAACAGCACUCUUUUAUCGGCGUGCUGGACAUUUAUGGAUUUGAAACAUUUGAGAUAAAUAGUUUUGAACAGUUCUGCAUAAAUUAUGCAAAUGAAAAACUACAGCAACAAUUCAAUAUGCAUGUCUUCAAAUUAGAACAAGAGGAAUAUAUGAAAGAACAAAUUCCAUGGACACUCAUAGAUUUUUAUGAUAAUCAGCCUUGCAUUAAUCUUAUAGAAUCUAAACUGGGCAUUCUAGAUUUGCUGGAUGAGGAAUGCAGGAUGCCUAAAGGCACAGAUGACACUUGGGCCCAAAAAUUGUACAACACACAUUUGAACAAAUGUGCGCUCUUUGAGAAGCCCCGUCUAUCAAACAAAGCUUUCAUCAUCCAGCAUUUUGCUGACAAAGUGGAAUACCAGUGUGAAGGCUUUCUGGAAAAGAAUAAAGACACUGUUUUUGAAGAACAAAUUAAAGUUCUUAAAUCAAGCAAGUUUAAGAUGCUACCAGAAUUAUUUCAAGAUGAUGAGAAGGCCAUCAGUCCAAGCUCAGCCACCUCUUCAGGGCGCACGCCCCUCUCCCGCACUCCUGCAAAGCCCACCAAAGGCAGGCCAGGCCAGGCGGCCAAAGAGCACAAGAAAACGGUGGGGCACCAGUUCCGAAACUCCCUUCACCUGCUUAUGGAGACCCUGAAUGCCACUACCCCUCACUACGUGCGCUGUAUUAAGCCUAACGACUUCAAGUUCCCAUUCACGUUUGAUGAGAAGAGGGCGGUACAGCAGCUGAGAGCGUGCGGUGUCCUGGAAACCAUCCGAAUCAGCGCAGCAGGUUUCCCCUCUCGGUGGACUUACCAAGAAUUUUUCAGCCGCUACCGUGUCCUAAUGAAGCAAAAAGAUGUGCUAAGUGAGAGAAAACAAACAUGCAAGAAUGUUUUAGAGAAACUGAUACUGGACAAGGACAAAUACCAGUUUGGGAAGACAAAGAUCUUUUUCCGUGCCGGUCAAGUGGCCUAUCUGGAAAAACUGAGGGCAGACAAGUUGAGGGCUGCCUGCAUCCGGAUCCAGAAGACGAUCCGAGGGUGGCUGCUGCGGAAGAAGUACCUGCGCAUGCGCAAGGCCGCCAUCACUGUGCAGAGAUACGCGCGAGGCCACCAGGCCCGAUGUUAUGCUAAGUUCCUGCGCAGAACCAAGGCAGCAACCAUCAUUCAGAAGUACUGGCGCAUGUAUGUAAUCCGCCGGAGGUACAAGAUCAGGCGGACUGCCACGAUCGUCCUUCAGUCUUACUUGCGAGGCUACUUGGCCAGAAAUAGGUAUCGCAAGAUACUCCGUGAGCACAAAGCAGUCAUCAUUCAGAAGUGGGUCCGGGGCUGGCUGGCUCGCACCUACUACAAGAGGAGUAUGCACGCCAUCAUCUACCUUCAGUGCUGCUUCCGGCGGAUGAUGGCCAAGCGCGAGCUGAAGAAGCUCAAGAUCGAGGCCCGUUCCGUGGAGCGCUAUAAAAAGCUCCACAUUGGCAUGGAGAACAAGAUCAUGCAGCUGCAGCGCAAAGUUGAUGAACAGAACAAAGACUACAAAUGCCUCAUGGAGAAACUGACCAAUCUGGAAGGAAUAUACAACUCUGAGACCGAGAAACUACGAAGUGACUUAGAACGUCUUCACCUAAGCGAGGAAGAAGCUAAGAUUGCGACUGGACGUGUCCUCAGUCUGCAGGAAGAAAUUGCCAAGCUCCGGAAAGACCUGGAACAAACUCAGUGUGAGAAAAAAUCCAUUGAAGAAUGUGCUGAUAGAUACAAACAAGAAACUGAGCAGUUGGUAUCAAAUCUGAAGGAAGAAAAUACUUUGCUGAAGCAGGAAAAAGAGGCCCUCAAUCACCUUAUCGUGGAGCAGGCUAAGGAGAUGACAGAGACUAUGGAAAAGAAGUUAAUAGAAGAAACAAAACAACUGGAACUCGAUCUUAAUGAUGAAAGGCUGAGAUAUCAGAACCUUCUGAAUGAGUUCAGUCGCUUGGAAGAACGAUAUGAUGACCUCAAGGAAGAGAUGACUUUGAUGGUUAACGUGCCUAAGCCUGGGCACAGGAGAACAGACUCCACCCACAGCAGCAAUGAGUCCGAAUGCACCUUUAGCUCUGAAAUUGCAGAAACUGAAGACAUUCCAUCGAGGACAGAGGAGCCAAGCGAGAAGAAGGUGCCUCUGGACAUGUCGUUGUUCCUCAAGCUCCAGAAGCGGGUCACAGAGCUGGAGCAGGAGAAGCAGGUGAUGCAGGAUGAGCUGGACCACAAGGAGGAGCAGGUGCUCCGAAGUAAGGCAAAGGAAGAAGAAAGACCACAAAUUAGAGGUGCAGAACUGGAAUAUGAGUCACUCAAGCGUCAAGAACUAGAAUCAGAAAACAAAAAACUGAAAAAUGAGCUCAAUGAGUUACGCAAGGCCCUUAGUGAGAAAAGUGCCCCCGAGGUGACCGCUCCAGGUGCACCAGCCUACCGUGUCCUCAUGGAGCAGCUGACCUCUGUGAGUGAGGAGCUCGAUGUCCGCAAGGAGGAAGUCCUCAUCUUGAGGUCUCAACUGAUGAGCCAGAAAGAGGCCAUCCAACCCAAGAAUACAAUGACAGAUUCCACAAUACUUUUAGAAGAUGUACAAAAAAUGAAAGAUAAAGGCGAAAUAGCACAAGCAUAUAUCGGUUUGAAAGAAACAAACAGAUCAUCUGCUAUGGAUGGCCAUGAGUUGAAUGAGGAUGGAGAGCUGUUGCUGGUUUAUGAAGGGUUAAAACAAGCCAACAGGCUCCUGGAAUCCCAGCUGCAGUCGCAGAAGAGGAGCCAUGAGAAUGAGGCCGAAGCCCUCCGCGGGGAGAUCCAGAGCCUGAAGGAGGAGAACAACCGGCAGCAGCAGCUGCUGGCCCAGAACCUGCAGCUGCCCCCAGAGGCCCGCAUCGAGGCCAGCCUGCAGCACGAGAUCACCCGGCUCACCAACGAGAACCUGUAUUUUGAGGAAUUAUAUGCAGAUGAUCCUAAGAAGUAUCAAUCAUAUCGGAUUUCACUUUACAAACGGAUGAUUGAUUUGAUGGAACAACUGGAAAAACAAGAUAAGACUGUCCGGAAACUGAAAAAACAACUGAAAGUAUUUGCCAAAAAAAUUGGUGAACUAGAAGUGGGCCAAAUGGAGAACAUAUCCCCAGGACAGAUCAUUGAUGAGCCCAUCCGUCCAGUCAACAUUCCCAGAAAAGAAAAGGAUUUCCAAGGAAUGCUGGAAUACAAGAAGGAGGAUGAGCAAAAACUUGUUAAGAACUUGAUUCUGGAACUGAAGCCACGUGGUGUAGCAGUCAAUUUGAUUCCAGGGUUACCAGCAUAUAUCCUGUUUAUGUGUGUUCGACACGCUGACUACCUGAAUGAUGAUCAGAAAGUAAGGUCGUUGCUAACAUCAACAAUAAACAGCAUCAAAAAAGUAUUAAAGAAAAGAGGUGAUGAUUUUGAAACUGUCUCCUUCUGGCUUUCUAACACAUGCCGAUUUUUGCACUGUUUGAAGCAGUACAGUGGAGAAGAGGGCUUUAUGAAACACAACACAUCUCGCCAGAAUGAACACUGCCUCACCAAUUUUGACCUGGCUGAGUACCGGCAGGUGCUAAGUGACUUGGCCAUUCAGAUCUACCAGCAGCUUGUGCGGGUGUUAGAGAACAUCCUUCAGCCAAUGAUCGUCUCCGGAAUGCUAGAGCAUGAAACCAUUCAGGGUGUGUCUGGGGUGAAGCCCACAGGGCUAAGAAAGCGAACCUCCAGCAUUGCUGAUGAGGGUACCUACACACUGGACUCCAUCCUGCGGCAGCUCAACUCCUUCCACUCAGUCAUGUGUCAGCACGGCAUGGACCCCGAACUGAUCAAGCAGGUGGUCAAGCAGAUGUUCUACAUCGUGGGGGCCGUCACACUGAACAACCUCCUCCUGCGGAAGGACAUGUGCUCCUGGAGUAAAGGCAUGCAGAUCAGGUACAAUGUCAGUCAACUAGAAGAAUGGCUGCGUGACAAGAAUCUGAUGAACAGUGGGGCUAAGGAAACCCUGGAACCUCUCAUUCAGGCUGCUCAGCUUUUGCAAGUGAAAAAGAAAACAGAUGAUGAUGCAGAAGCCAUUUGUUCCAUGUGCAAUGCUUUAACUACUGCCCAGAUUGUCAAAGUGUUGAAUUUGUAUACUCCAGUUAACGAGUUUGAGGAAAGAGUCUCUGUGUCAUUUAUUCGUACUAUACAGAUGCGUUUACGAGACAGGAAAGACUCUCCUCAGCUGCUCAUGGAUGCUAAACACAUCUUUCCUGUUACCUUUCCUUUUAACCCAUCUUCCCUUGCGCUAGAAACCAUCCAGAUUCCAGCCAGCCUGGGCCUGGGAUUCAUAUCACGGGUCUGAAAGUGAUAUCAAGGAAAAUAUUAACAAUACACUUCUUACCUGAAAUAACCCAUUAUUUCAAGUGAGCUACUGAAAACACAUUUUAACAGAGAUAGUACUUAUUAUCUCCCAAACAAGGGGUUAUUGACUGGAACUCCCCCUAGAAUACUUUUCAUCAUCUUGGAAGGAAAGAUAGGCUCCUUUGUGCUGUGUUACCUUUAUAACAACACUCAUCCUUGAUCAGUUAGGUAUCUGCAGUUGACGUGCAGGUGAAUGAUGGAAGGAAGGAAAAAAAUGUGUCUUCAGCUGCCAGCAUUUAUUUUAAAUCCUUAUCACUGCAUCUAAAUGAUAUCAAAAACCUAAAUUCCAGAUAUAAAUAUGAGCUGUUGUUAGGAAGGCACCGACAAGGAACCUCCUGUGUGCUAACCAGAAGAAUUGAAAGAAAAAUCACCACUGAGUACAUAUUAUACCAGUUUAGGAAUCAAUUAUGUUGCUACUGUCCAACUGGAACAAAGAAAUAAACUGGCAAUAUGUAAAGUAACUGGUCAAGUAGCUCCCUUCUAUGUGUCACUAUGAUGUAGAGAUAUUAAGAGAAUGUUGGUUUGCUAUAGAGCAUGGAAGUCCGUUUGUACCAUAGUUUACUGAGCAUUUUAAAUUGCUGCUACAUACUAUGUUCUUUAAAAUGUAAGCGAUAUUCAUAUUAGGCACUACAACAAUAAGCUUCUCUUUUCUCGACUCUGUUUACAGUUCAAUCAGAUCAGUUUUAACUGGAUUAUGUGCACAUAGCUACAGAUUCACCUGCACAAGUAGCAGACACUGGGAAGUCAUGUAGUAAUAUGACACAAUGUUUGACAUUUAGGGAUAGGAUUAGGCACAGUGGCUAUUGUUGAUGUCCUUUAUUCAGGAUGUGUUACAUUGAUGUGCUCAUUAAUGUUCCCUGGGUGCAUAUCACAUCAGGGUACAGUGUUCUGUGAAGUGACCUAUUUUUAGUUAUCAGAUCUGCUUCCUGCAGUGCAUAUUUUCAACCUUGACAGGUUUUCUUUCUUCUUAAUUUAUUAAGAAUUAAUGUCAGUCAAUAUCUAGAGAGGA